AUGUAUAAUCCUUACGGUAAUUCAGCUGAUGCAUAUCAGCAACAACAAAACACUCAACUGCAGCAGCACAUGUCAAAUUUACAACAUCCACAACCAAUUCAUCAUAUGACACCUCAAGCACAACAAGCAAAUCAAAUACCACAACAAGCACAGCAACAAUCAAUGGGUUCCCAAUUCAAUUUUUUGAAUGAUCCAGCUGCUGCUCUAGCUUCACAAUUUGCACGUACUGGUUUUGAACAAUCAAAUCAAUACAUUCAAGAAAAUUUUGGAAAUAUCCAAGGUGAUAUCAAAUACUAUUUUCAAGUUAGUAAUUCGUAUGUUUUGAAGAAAAUUCUUUUGAUCUUGAUGCCAUAUACACAUAAGGAUUGGAAUAGAAUUGUCACUAAAGAAACAGGACCAAAUCAAUUCUUACCUCCAAGUCUUGAUGUCAAUGCUCCAGAUUUAUACAUUCCAUUAAUGUCAUUUGUCACUUAUAUUUUAUUAUGGGCAGCUUUUCAAGGUUUAAAUGGUGAAUUCCAUCCACAAUUAUUUGGUUAUUUGGCUUCCCAAACAUUGGCAUUUUCUAUUUUGGAUGUUGCUAUAUUUAAAACCGGUUUGUAUUUGUUGAGUUGUCCACAAUCAAAGAUGUAUGACAUUGUAAGUGUUUCUGGAUAUAAGUACGUUUCAAUUGUUGUUUUGUUGUGUGUCAAACAUCUCGUUGGUGUAUACUUGGGAUCAUUUUAUUACUUGAUUGUAUUGGCUUUAAUUGCUAGUUUAUCUAUUUUCUUGAUGAGAUCAUUAAGAUUUCUUAUAUUACCACAAGGUAAUGCAAUGAAUAAUACCAUUAAUAGCAAACAAAGAAAGAUCAGAAUUCAAUUUUUGUUUAUUUACUCGGUUAUUAUUCAAGGUUUGAUCAUACUUUAUAUGUGCAAAUAG